UUUGGUGAGGGGCUGCUUUCUCCACUUUCGCGAUUCCUCCGGACGAACGGGUUUCUUUGGGACGUGUCAAGCGAUCGAUCGUGUACGCGAGUGUGUGUGCUGAUCGUCCGGAGCUCGAUCCGAACGCGUGGAAGUUGUUACGUUGACCGUCGGAACAUGGACCACCGGUUAGCGCUGUGGUUCGCCUUGGCCGGCGCCGGUCUCUUUCUGCGCGCCGCCGUCUCGUUGCACUCUUACUCUGGCCAGGACACACCACCAAAGUACGGUGAUUUCGAGGCACAGCGCCACUGGCAGGAGAUCACGGUAAACCUGCCCCCGACGGAGUGGUACCGGAACACGACCGACAACGAUCUGCUGUACUGGGGACUGGACUACCCACCGCUCACCGCGUACCACAGCUAUCUUGUGGGUCAGUGGGCUCGCUGGCGCGGAAAGGAGGAAUUCGUGGCACUUCACGAAUCUCGCGGUAUCAGCACCGAGGAGCAUAAACACUUUAUGCGCAACACCGUCCUUCUGAUUGAUGCCAUCCUCUAUGUGCCGGCUAUCCUGCUUGCUUUACAUUGCGUCCCCGGAGCUGGCGCUUCUUCUUCCGCCUCCUGGUUACCACUGGCACUUGCCGUUCUGUACCCGGGACAGAUGCUAAUCGACAAUGGGCACUUCCAGUACAACAACGUAUCGCUCGCACUGUUCGUGUUGGCCACGAUUGCUAUCGCGUGUUGGAGGACCACCCUAUCCGGUGCAGUAUUGUUUUGUCUCGCUCUGAACUACAAGCAGAUGGAACUCUACCAUGCGCUGCCCUUCUUCUUCCAACUGCUCCGGUACUGCUUUGAACCACCUUCGGAUCAGGGGAACCGUUUGGGGGCCGGCAUAAAACGGCUUGCCGUGCUCGGUGCGACCGUGCUUGGAACAUUCGCGUUAGUUUGGCUUCCGUGGCUCGGAUCACUGGAGGACGUUGGUCAGCUAGUGCACCGGAUAUUCCCGGUUUCGCGCGGUCUCUUCGAAGACAAAGUAUCUAACGUUUGGUGUGUCGUGGAUGUGGUUAUCAAGCUGAAAAACAUUCCCAUCAACACGAUGGGCAUCGUAUGUCUUGUUUGCACCCUGGCGGCCGUGCUUCCUAGCGGAUUGAAUCUGUUGUUUAGGAAAUCGUACGAGGCAACGGCGUUCCUCUACUCGCUCACCGUAACGGCACUCGGCUUCUUUCUGUUCAGCUUUCACGUGCACGAGAAAUCUAUCCUGCUUGUGGCCAUUCCCGCUCUGUUGUUGCUUCGCCUAGAACCGUUCGCCGUGUUCUGGUUCCUUCAGGUGUCGUCCUUCAGCAUGUUUCCUCUCCUUCACAAGGAUGGGCUUACUGGACCAUAUUUAGGUCUUUCGCUCGUCACACUCAUCUUACCGAGACUAGCGGCGACGAGUGUACACAGUAUAAACGCGAGAAGUCAGACUCUGGUAUACGAUGUCUUUCGCGUACAACACCUAAUCGGUAACAUCCAGGGAUCGCGGAUCGCAACCCCUUUGCUGACACUAUUCUACGUGUCAUUGCUGGGACAGAUUGCAUUGCUGGGUGCAUUCUCAUUCGUCAAACCGCCGGAUGCUCUACCGUUCCUCUUUCCACUUGCCAUAUCCGCUUACAGUUGCGGCCACUUUGUACUGUUCUUCCUCUACUUCAACUACCGACAGUUCGUCAGCAGUGACCGACGGGAGGAUAGAGCUGCCUCUAAAGCACAAACGAAAAUGGAAAAGAAUAGAAAAAUAAAAUAAUAUUAUAAAACAAGACUGACAAUGGGAUGGACUUACUUCCUUUAAUAAAUUUUACUUACUUUAUGCGUCAUGCCAUGUCUACUAGAUCGACGGUUCUGUCGACAUCUCAC